GGCGGCUGCAGGAACGGCCUCAUCUGCAGGGGCUUGGAAAGAGCGCGGGUGUGAGCAGAUGACUUCAGUGUGCCACAAAUAAAGUUACUGCCCUCUUCUGCCCUGCCAAGCAUGUCCCAGGCUGGUGGCAGCCCCCGGGCCGAGGACACGGGGCCACACAUUGAGGCGCACUCACGCACACCGAGCCGGGGCAGCCAGAGGGUUGAGUGCAUCAUCUGCUACUCCUCCUACGACCUGUGUGGCCGGCUGCCGCGCCGGCUGUACUGCGGCCAUACCUUCUGCCAGACCUGCCUCAAGCGCCUGGACGCCGUCGCCAACGAGCAGCGCUGGAUCCCCUGCCCGCAGUGCCGCCAAAACACGCCCACGCCGCGUGGCGGCGUCACCAUGCUCGACCUCGACCUGGCCACCUUCCUCGCCGUCAAGGCUGACAAGGAGCAGCUCCGGGUGGCUGGAUCGUCCCUGCCAGACAUGGCCACCAAGGGCUCGUGCAAGGAGCCGGCGGUCACACAGCAGCCGUCGGGGCUGUGCCAAGACGUGGUGCCCCAGGCCCCCUUCCCACGCCACGGCUGCUGCCGGCCAUGCAUCUGCUGCGGGGUGACGGCUGAUUUAGAGAGCUGAGUUGGGGGACAAGGGGACAGCAGCAUGUGGGCAGGCUUGGUGCAGCUCAGUGGAGCCAGCCAUGGCAUUCUGCAUCACACGCUGAGCUCCCAGGGUCUCACGAUUUGGGGACCCCAUGCCGUGCCCCAGGCCCAUGUGUGGAUGGUAGUACUGGGGCUGUCCCCGUAGCCUAGGAAGGGAUUCAGCUUUCUUGGGGUUUGCUCUCUAUCCUGCUGGGAUUUAGGGUGCAAUAGGAGGGGAUGAGGAUAUUUCCACCCUUCAUCCUGACAACUCCAAAACCUGGUCCAACCAUCACGGUUGUCUCCUGGUGCCUGGCCCAGGGCUUGCUGGUGCCUGGCUUUUCCUGUGCAUGCAGAUAUGUGAUGGGGGCACCUUCACCAAGGCAGGGGGUGAAGGAGCCUGGCACAGUGCAGCAUUGCAGAGAUGCUCGGGGGAGUAUCCAACACAUCUAUUAAACACCUUCUGUGCUGCACCUGUUGGUUGUAUUUGUUAGUCAGCCUCA